UAUAAAAAUAGACUAAAUGUAAUAUCACCAAAAUGUUAAUGUAUCUUAAAAUUAAAUAUCAAUUAUCUAAUGAUCAAUAAAUGAGAAUAAAUAGGCAAUCAUCUAAUAAACUAAUAAUAAGUACUUGUCGAUAAUAAUUUAAAAGUGUCAUCACAAUAGCCUACAUCGCAGUAUGCUUUACGUGUCUAAUGUGUGAACAACAGCAAAAUGAUGUUAUUAAUUAAAUUAUUUUUAAUAUUACUUCCACUAGUUAAUUUUACGAGGGCCGGAGAUGGAAAGCAGGUACAAUAUGAUGGGAAUUCAAGUGUUCGAAACCAGCCUCCUAAUGUAAACGACGAAGCAACUUCCACUAACAGCCCACUAACAAGUGAUCGCAUACUGGCUAAUUCUUUGCCAGUUAGUAGAAACGUAAAAGCAGAUUUUCCACGCAGUACAGAAAAUUCGGCAACAUCUUCCACAGGCACACCUACAUCAUCGGCUGCAACAGAUCCUACUACAUCCACAUCAACUACUACUACAGAAUCUAUAAACACGAAAUCCGCAUCUUCUAGUUCUGCACCAUCAAACGCAAACCUUACGUCAUCGACAAUUCCUGACUCUCAAAUAUCUUCUACUAGCGCUGCCCCAUCUACAUCUACAACUGGUGUUACGAACGCCGUACCUAGCGACAGUUCAACUCUUACAACACUCGCACCCACAUCGCCCGUUACAUACGUAACACCAGGUCCUUAUCCCCAACAGCCGUAUCCAUAUCAACCCCCCUAUCCAUAUCCUCUACCAUAUUAUCCGCCACAAUAUUAUCCACCACCGCCCUACUAUCCACCUUAUUAUCCUCCUUACUAUCCCUAUCCACCUAUGAAUUAUACGCCACCUUAUUACCCACAAACUACGCCUAUUCCACCAACUUCCACCACGAUUGCAUCUUCAAGUACUACACCAGGCAAUGAUAAUGUGACUGCAACUACUAGUCCCGUUAUAACGUCUUCAACAUCAGAAUCAACUUCCACGACUGUCGCACCACCUGAUGGAUCUACAGCAUCAACUGCUAGUACUGAAGUACUAUCAAGCACAACGUCCACUAAUGAUGGAUCAACUACAAUAAACAGCACGCCAGCUAAUAAUGGAUCUACUUCGACGAGCACAACUACUCCUUUACCACCGGGUAUUUGCCAACCAGAACCUACAAGUACUACCCCAGCUAGUGAUUCAACGAGUACUACUACUACUACUACUACUACUAUACCACCAGGUAUUUGCCCACCAGAACCUACAAGCUCUACCCCAGCCAGUAAUGAUUCUACAUCAACAACUCCAACGAGUUCUACAACAAGCACUGAAACAACAUUAAGCACUACACUAGCUAACGACAAUUCAAGUUCAUCAAGCACGACUUCUUCGUCUACUAAUAUGCCAGAAACCCCGACGACGCCACAAGCUUCAAGCACAACCGUAAGCCCCACUACAAUGACUUCAGCAACUCCACCUGGCAGGACAACAUCCCCGCCUGAAUCGACAACACCCGAAACAGCGCAACCCACUUCAGAUUGUGGAAAAACAAAUAGUUUUAACUCAGUUCCUAACGAGUGCGACACUUACGUUGAAUGCAAGGAUGGCGUAUCCAAAAAGCACUAUUGUCCCGAUGGUCUAGUCUUUAAACCUUCUACGAAGUGGUCCGAUUAUCCGUGUGUUGCAAUUUCCGAAUAUAAAUGUACCAAUGGAUCUUUUAAGCAAAAAACCGUAGCUACAGAUCUUUGCCCUCAUAGAAAUGGCUACUUCCUAAAGAAAGAUAGUGACUGUAGUCAAUAUGUAGUAUGCAAAGCAGGAAAGCCUACAAUAAUGAAUUGUGCGCCGGGUUUAGUAUUCAACAUUAAAGAAGCUGCUUGUGACUGGCCAGCGAACGUGCCGAGCUGCAAGGCAGAGGCAUUCAAAGAUUUCGAGUGUCCGGCUGUUGAGGCAGACGAUUCUGAUACUGAUGAAAUCUUUAAAUACAGUUACAAGAAGAGCUGCAAAAAAUAUGUAGCGUGCCAGGGAGGAUACCCUCGCUUAUUGAGCUGUGACGUAGGACUUCAUUUCAGCGAAAAGGAAGAAAUGUGUGUCGAUAAAAGCAAAGUGACGGAUUGCGUAGACUAAAACAAUCUUGCAUUACAAACUUAAAGAUCUAUUUAAUUAAUUUAUUAAUGUAUAAACGAAUAUUUAAUUUAUUUAAUCAUGUGUCAACUAAAUUAUUUAAUUUAUUAACAAACUAUUUAAUCUAAGUAAUUGUAAAUGUACGUUAUAAAAUGUUUUGGAAAUAAACAUAGUUUUAACCUUUA